GCCUGCUUAGGGAGUUAAUCGUGCCUCAGACGAUAGAGAAGAAUCUACAGAUGUCUUGGUCUUAAAGCGAUCCCGCAAUUCGAAUUUCUGCUGGACUGACACCGCUCUCUUUCGAAUUGUGGCUACUCUGCGGACCAUGAUGUCUUACGCUUCUUCAUUAUUCUUCUGGCGUUUUGUUUUUGCGACGGCUGUAUUGAUAUGCUUAUUCAAGGACGUGGAAGUAGAAUCACAAAAUGCAGCUGCGGAACUUGCCUUGAUGCAACAAUUCGAACAAUUCAUGGUCGAGCACGAGAAAGUAUACGAUUCACUGGCGGAGAAAAUGAGGAGAUUCGAAAUUUUCAAGGACAAUUUAAAGAAAAUCGAAGAACUCAACGCUGAUCCCGAGCAAACAGCAAUAUUUGGUGUAAACGUGAUGGCGGACUUAACAAGAGAAGAGUUCAGGGCGACGUACCUUUCUUACCGGAUGCCCGAAGACGCGCGAGAGAACUUUUUGACGAGAUUAGAACUUGAUCAUGAAGAAGAGGAGGAGGAUGAGGAAGAGUGGGAGGGCAGAGAGGGAGGAUUUGGAUUGCUCGAACGCAACAAGAAGACUACCACGACGACCACUACCACAACGACCUACCCGCCACCCACCAAAGGCCCUCCACCUCAGGCAUGUACGAUCGACUGGCGCAAGAUCAGUUCCAAGUACCCGUCGGUCGAUAAUCAGGGAAAAUGUGGGUCCUGUUGGGCAUUUUCAUCGGUUGGCGCGUUGGAGGUGUUGCUUUCUAAAUCGGGGAAAACGGAAAAGCUGUCGAAACAAGAAUUGGUAGAUUGUACAAAGGAGAACGCCAUGUGUGAAGGUGGCGAAUUUGAAGCGGCUUUCAAAGUAAUGCAGGACCCGGGUUUGACCUCUGAAAAAGAAUAUCCGUACAAAGCUGCGAAUGGCACUUGCAAGUCUAAAUUCACGGUGAUAGAAAAACUGAAAUCUUACAAAGACGUUUCAGGUAGUGAUUCAAAAUUGAUCGCCGCUCUUCCAACCAGUCCUCUUGUCAUUGCGAUGAAUGCUAAUGACGAUUUUCAAUACUACAUCGGCGGUGUUCUAAACCCUAAAUCAUGCCCUAAAGAAGACCUAAACCAUGGAGUGGUUAUCAUUGGACUGUGCGGAGAUUCCUGGCUCAUACGGAACAGCUGGGGUACAAAGUGGGGGACAGAAAGGGGUCAUAUUUACAUCAAGAGAGGAAAAUGCGGAAUAGGGCUUUGGGCGUAUUCGUUCAAAGCCUGAAUUUGUUCUUCACGUGGAGAAAUUUUCUACAGCACCAGGAAGGCUAUCUAGUAAGGAUGGUCAUCGAUUCAAUCACGCUCUCCCCACUGAGGAAAAACAAGUAUUUCUAUUCACGUGCAAGAAAACUAUAUAGAGGAAUCUUACAAUUGUUGGAAAUAUAUGCUUGAAUUUAAUUAA